CCACGGUUGAUGACCUGACUGCUGUACCAGGAGGUGGGAGAGCCCAGCUAGAAGGAAGCAAUAAAAUCUGUGUUGUUUAGAUGGGAGUGUUCUCAACAGGCCAUUGGCAGGCACCUGUUUUCCCUUCCCCUGAGCAGCUCUCAGCAGUGAGCACAGCUCCAUGCACCUGCUGCAGCACUUGCCCACACACCAUGAAAGCUCUCCGGGGCCGCUACACUCUCUUGACUGGCUGCCUGGAGGAAGCCCAGCCCCUGCAGUGUGUCGAGACUGCUGAGCAGGAGGAGCCAAGCCAGGCAGGCGCGGGGGUGACAGCAUCACCCCCAGAGGAGCCCUACCAGCAGGUGCUGAAUGGAGAGAGCAACAUCCUUUGUGCAGGGCAGGUCCAGCAGCUGGUGCCCCACCUCCCACCAAGAGUGACGGGGUACCCUUGGAACCUGCUCUACUGCACCACCAGGGAUGGGUUUAGCCUGAAGAACAUGUACAGGAGUAUGAACAAGCUGAGCUCUCCUGUGCUGCUGGUCAUCCGAGAUACCGACGGGCAGAUGUUUGGGGCCUUCUCCUCCACCACCAUCCGACUCAGCAGCUGCUUUUAUGGCACAGGGGAGACUUUUCUCUUCUCCUUCUCCCCGGAGCUAAAGGUGUUUAAGUGGACUGGCAGCAACACCUUCUUCAUGAAAGGAGAUGCAGAUUUGCUAGUGAUUGGUGGGGGCAGUGGCAAAUUCGGCCUGUGGCUGGAUGGGGACAUGUACCAUGGGGGAAGCCACCAAUGUGAGACAUUUGACAACGAAAUCCUGUCGCCCCAGGAGCAAUUCUUCAUUCGGGACCUGGAGGUUUGGGCCUUGACCUGAGCCCUCAAAGCCCACCCCACCGGGGGUCAUGGGAACUGACUGCUUUCGAAUGGACCCUGGCUGUGCUUGGCAGCUGUUCCCAGCAGUGUCUGGAACCCUUCCAGAGGGCAGUGCUCAGCCUCUCUUCCCCUUACCCAUGGGGCUUUGCCAGCCUGUGCUCCUUUCUCCUCCCCCGCCAGCACUCGCGCUCCAGCGAGGGCACCAGGGGCGUUCCCACCCAUUUUCCCAUCAGUGCGCUCAGCCUGUGGGGGAUCAGAGCAGCCCCAGUGGCUGGCUCCCACAAGCACUGGAUUUUGACACAAACGGAAUCUCACAAGCAACUGGAUGAUUUAAAAAUAAAAUUCCCACAUGAAGCGACUGAGUGUUAGCAGCAGGGGAGCUGCCAGCUGGGGGACACCCUGCCAGACAGUGCUGUGAGUUUGGGAAGUGAGCUCAGCUGUUGUCUGCAGUGUUGUCCCCUCAAGGCAGAGAGAGCGGGGCACGAUGAAAUGUGAGAGCCAGGCCCCCCUCCACUCUCAGAACAGCUUAUUGAAGUCAGGCCAAGACCAGUAUUGGUGGAGCCUGAAAAGCUAGACAUGAAAGGGGCACAAGGAACACACAUUUUUUUCUGUUGCUUGUCACGAGAUGGGCCUGAAUCAAAGCCCCGAUCCCAGCAGCCCAAGUUGCAGGAGAGCUCAGGUCCAAACUCUGCCACUGCCUCCUGUCCCUGUAACAGACCAAAACAAAUCCCACAGCAAAAUCCCUCCUGACUCCUCCUCCCAUGAAGUCAUGGGGCAGUGCAGGGCCUGAGCAGAGCAUGGUGGUUAAAACCCAGCCCAGAGACUGCCACAGUGGACCCAGAGAGCCUGCAGCACUGAUAAGCAGUUGGCUUGAUAUGGCAUCAGACUUCUCACCACAGCCAGGCUGACUAGGAGCUAGCUGUGAACUCUGUUCAGACUCUGGAGGCUUAAAGCACAUGGGAUUCAGCAUUUGGAUCCCCUCACAGCAAGCUGAAGCCCAAGAGGUGAGGAGUUAGGAAGAGGUGGCUGUCAUAGAUGUAGUCUGUCAAGGACUGUGUGGCUCCACAUAUUCGAACACCAGAGUUGCUUGUAAAACUUGAAGAAAUAGGCAGAUGAAUCCAAAUCAAACCCUCUGGGAUCAGAGCAAGGAAAGCAUAGAGAGGUUUACUGGGCAAGGGAAUGCAACACCUAGGAAAUGUGAUGAGGCCCCAUUACUGGAUACAUUCAACACUCUCAAAAGGAGCUUUGGUACUUAUGUAAUCCCCUCUGGCAGAUUCACAGUCCCCUUUUAUUGGUCACUAUCUUAUCUGCCUAUUAGCAUCCCUCCCCUGGUCUUCAAAUGCAAUCUUCAUGUCUAUAGACCAAACAUCACAUUCUCUUCCAGUAGCAUAUGAUGGUAAAAUGUUGCUGGUUCUCUCUUUAUUUAUUACUCACUUACAAUAGCUGAGAAUUUGCUGUCACUUUGAGCCAUCAUGACCAUUGUGGCAGCAUCUCAGUAACAUCAUGCUAGGCACAGGUCUCCCAUCUGGCUGCUCGGGGAACCUGCCAGAUGUCUCAACACAUGACAUUGCUUCCUUGGCCUUCUAAUUGGCCUGAAUCCUUAUCUUUCAUGGUGCCUUAAACCUGAAUUUGACUAAUCCAAAAUUAUUCCUGUUCCAUUAUAGGGACUGGGAAUAGAGCCAAUAUCUCUCUUCCAGCAUGAAGAUCUUCCAAAGCACAAGGGACAUCACAGCAAAUUGAUGGAAAAAGUCAUUCUAAAUUGGGCUCAGACUUGGUUUAGCUAUGAAUGUCUGUCCUCUAAGAAUGCAUUUGGAAAUUUUCAUUUUAACUGUGCCUUAAUUGUAGUAUUGAUUUAAUACAAACAAUCCACACUGCAAUGCCAUUAAAAAAGUUGUAUUAAAAUAUUUGUAUACAUUCAUUUUCAGUCAACUCAGGCUCCAUCAGUUUGGACUAUU